CUUCUUUGGCACCAGCUUCAAGGGACCGGCAUUAGCGCCAUUACCGUUGAAGUCAUAUGAACUGAAAACAGAACCAAUUACUGCCGGAAGUGAUUCGUUCACUGAAAACAUUCGUUCUUUUGUACCCAUCGUUCACUCACGAGCCAACACUAGAGGGGCGACAAGCAACACCCGGUAAAGGAUGAUGGCGAUCAAGUGGCUUCGCUUCUCCUUCCUCGCCCUCGGCGUCUUGUCGCUGUGUCUUGCCGCGUCCGGGGACAGCAAUGGCGUGAAGAAGAUGAAAAUGCAGUUCGCCGCGGGGCCCUUACUCAAGUUCCAGAUUUGCAUCUCCUGAGGGUACAAGCGGGUGUUUGAGGAGUACACGCAGGUCUUGUACCAGCGGUACCCAGACAUCCGCAUCGAGGGGGAGAAUUUCCUUCCUGUACCCGCUUAUCGACACAUUGCUUCCUUCCUGUCUGUCUUCAAACUGCUGGUGAUCGGCAUGAUCAUUAUUGGCAAGGAUCCCUUUGCUCUCUUGGGCGUUCAAACUCCGGGCGUCUGGGAGUGGGGCCAGGGAAAUAAGAUAUACGCGUGCAUGAUGGUGUUCUUUCUCAGCAACAUGAUCGAAAAUCAGUUGAUGUCCACGGGAGCUUUUGAAAUAACAUUAAACGAUGUGCCAGUCUGGUCCAAAUUGGAGUCGGGCCACUUGCCCUCCAUGCAGCAGCUGGUGCAGAUCCUGGACAACGAAAUGAAGAUGAACGUUCACAUGAACACCAAGCCGCUCCACCACUCCUAACAGUGUGUGGCCGCAGCCAAAAGCCCCUCCACGUUUGAGGUGGGCCGCUCGCAGGGCUGUGACGUGAUGUUUAUGAAGGUCUGCACUGAAGGCAGGACCACUGCAAGCGCAGACUGGAUGCCCCCCCCAUCAUCGUCACCCCUUUCGAGAUGACCCGCCCCGGACGCCAGAGCGGGCUCGAUGGCGACAGCGCCAACCAGUCGGUCCUUUUCGAGUACCAUUCACUCAACAUCUUAUCAAAUCGACCAGAUUCCCAUCAAGUAGAUCUGAAUAAAACACUGAGCCCAAAUGAACGGGUGCUGGGAAAGUCACCGUGCCACAUUUCUUUCAUAGAGCAAAGCCCGCGUUAGGUGUUGAAAUGUUCAACUUGGUUGGAUUCUAAAAUGACUCGUCAACACAAGUAACUCAUCCACGCGUUAGCUGUUCCUGCUUGAGGUUUCCCAACGAGCCGUCUGCUCCUCAAGGGAGUUGAUGUACUCCACAUACAGAGGUAGAACUAACGUUUAACGCUAGACUCCAUGUGAACUUCCUGCAUUCUCUUUUGAACCAUACUUGUGUACCUGGUGUAGUCCUCAAAAUCCAAGUGCACCCUGUCGAGUGACCUAUUGUUGUCCAAGUACUAGCUUCAGCCCUGUAGAAAAGCAACUUGUUGUCAAACAAAUGCUGGGGAGAUGAUUUGGGAGUCAUUUUUAUAACUUGCAAAAAGUGAAUAAAAACUAAUGGUAACUAUGA